ACCUCCAGACCAACAUUUUUCCAAAGAGAGAAAUCAAAGAGUGAUGUACAGCAAUGGGGGCAUUUAAAAGUUCUGUUCCCUUCUUGGUCCUUCACCUUCUGGAAGGGGUCCUGAGCAAUUCACUUAUCCAGCUUAACAAUAAUGGCUAUGAAGGCAUUGUCAUUGCGAUUGACCCUGAUGUGCCAGAAGAUGAAACACUCAUCCAACAUAUAAAGGACAUGGUGACCCAGGCAUCUCCAUAUAUGUUUGAAGCUACAGAAAACAGAUUCUAUUUCAAAAAUGUUGCUAUUUUGAUUCCUGAAAAAUGGGAGACAAAACCUGAGUAUCUGAGACCGAAACUCGAGACGUACAAAAAUGCUGACGUUGUAGUUGCUGAACCUAACCCUCCAGGCAAUGAUGAACCCUACACAGAGCAGAUGGGAAAAUGCGGAGAAAAGGGCGAGAGGAUCCAUUUCACUCCAGACUUCCUAGCAGGAAAAAAGUUGACUGAAUAUGGACCACAAGGAAGGACAUUUGUCCAUGAAUGGGCUCAUCUACGAUGGGGAGUAUUUAAUGAAUACAAUAAUAACCAGAAAUUCUACUUACUCAAUGGAAAAAACAAACCAGUAAUGUGUUCAGCAGCUAUUACUGGUAAAAAUAGGGUACAGACGUGUCAGGGAGGCAGCUGUGUCACCAAAUCAUGCAAACUCAACACAGUAACGGGGCUGUAUGAAGAAGGAUGUGAGUUCCUACCUGAUCUCUCUCAGAUUGAGAAGGCUUCUAUUAUGUUUUUACAAAAGAUAGAUUCCGUGGUUCAAUUCUGUACAGAAAAAAACCACAAUAAAGAAGCCCCAAACCUCCAAAACCAAAAGUGCAAUCUCCGAAGCACGUGGGAAGUGAUUCAAGACUCCGAGGACUUUAAGAAAACCACUCCUAUGACGACAAAGCCACCCAACCCCACCUUCUCGCUGCUGCAGAUUGGACAAAGAAUUGUGUGUUUAGUCCUUGAUAAGUCUGGAAGCAUGUCGAUUGGUGAUCGCCUUAAACGACUGAAUCAAGCAGGCAAACUUUUCCUGCUGCAGACAGUUGAGCAAGGAUCCUGGGUUGGGAUGGUGACAUUUGACAGUGUUGCCUACAUACAAAGUGAACUCAUUCAGAUAAAGAGUGGCACUGAAAGGGAGGCGCUCAUCAGAAGUUUACCCAGUGUGGCCACAGGAGGAACAUCCAUCUGCUCCGGGCUUCGAUCAGCAUUUACUGUGAUUCGGAAGAAAUACCCAACAGAUGGAUCUGAAAUCGUGCUACUGACGGAUGGGGAGGACAACACUAUAAGCUCAUGCUUUAAUGAGGUGAAACAAAGUGGAGCCAUCAUCCACACAGUCGCCCUGGGACCCUCUGCAGCGGGAGAACUAGAGCAGCUGUCUCAAAUGACAGGAGGUUUGAAGACAUAUGCUUCAGAUCAGGCUCAGAACAAUGGCCUCAUUGAUGCUUUUGGGGCCCUUUCGUCAGGAAAUGGAGUUGCCUCCCAGCGCUCUGUCCAGCUUGAGAGUAAGGGAUCAAUCCUUCAGAACAAUCAGUGGAUGAACGGGACAGUGACUGUGGACAGCACUGUGGGAAAUGACACUUUGUUCCUCAUCACCUGGACAACACAGCCUCCCCAGAUCCUUCUCUGGGACCCCAGUGGAAAGAGACAAAGUGGCUUUGUAGUGGACACAAACACCAAAAUGGCCUACCUCCAAAUUCCAGGCACUGCCCAGGUUGGCAAUUGGAAAUACAGUCUGCAAGCAAGCUCACAAACUCUGACUCUAACUGUUACCUCUCGUGCAUCAAGUGCUACUUUGCCUCCAAUUACAGUGACCUCUACAAUGAACAAAGACACAGGCAAAUUCCCUAGCCCUAUGGUAGUUUAUGCAAAAAUUCACCAAGGAGCCUCACCAAUUCUCAGGGCCAGUGUCACAGCCGUGAUAGAAUCAGUGAAUGGAAAAACAGUUACUUUGGAGUUACUGGACAAUGGAGCAGGUGCUGAUGCUACUAAGGAUGACGGUGUCUAUUCAAGGUAUUUUACGGCUUAUGAUACAAAUGGUAGAUACAGUACAAAAGUGUGGGCUCUGGGAGGAAAGAAUGCAGCCAGCCAAAGGGCAAUGCGCCAGCAGAAUGGAGCCAUGUACAUUCCUGGCUGGAUUGAGAAUGGUGAAGUAAAAUGGAAUCCACCAAGACCUCAAAUCAAUAAGGACGAUCAUCAAGGAAAGCAAGUGUGCUUCAGCAGAACAUCCUCAGGAGGCUCAUUUGUGGCUUCCAACGUCCCAAAGGCUCCCAUACCUGAUCUCUUCCCACCGUGUCAAAUCACCGACCUGAAGGCAAAAAUCCAAGGUGACAAGCUCAUUAAUCUGACUUGGACGGCUCCUGGGGAUGAUUAUGAUUAUGGAAGAGCUCACCAGUAUAUCAUUGGAAUAAGUACAAAUAUUCUUGAACUCAGAGACAACUUCAAUGAUUCACUUCAAGUGAACACUACUGAUCUCAUCCCAAAGGAAGCCAACUCUGAGGAAGUCUUUGUGUUUAAACCAGAAAAUAUCACUUUUGAAAAUGGCACAGAUCUCUUCAUUGCUAUUCAAGCUAUUGAUAAGGUCAACUUGAAGUCAGAAAUCUCCAACAUUGCACGAGUAUCUUUGUUUAUUCCCCCACCAACUCCUUCAGAGACACCUAGUCCUUCUUUGCCUUGUCCUGAUAUUAACAUCAACAGCACCAUUCCUGGUAUUCACAUUUUAAAAAUUAUGUGGAAGUGGCUAGGAGAACUGCAGCUGUCAGUAGCCUUGGGCUAAGUUUUUGUGAGAUAAGUAAUUAAUCCAUCCUUUUCACUAUAAAAAUGUCUACAAUGUAUUUUAGACUUCCUGUAGAGGGCGCUAUAAUGAAAUAAAAUGCUAAACAACUGGAUACACAUGUAUAAAACUAGUCAAAUCCAGAAGUUUAAUCACUGUUGAGUCAUUUAUUAAAGAUUUUGAAUACUAGAAAGAAGAGGUGCUUGCUUCAAUAAAUGGAACUAAGUUUUAAUUCA